AUGAGUAAUUUACCCCUUACUCCGUUCGAUUUGCCACUUAAUAAUAUAGGCGUAAGAUUUAAUGUGUGUAAUGAAGUAGGAACGGUAGCACCGAAUAAAAUAGAAUUUGUGAAGUCACCGGUCAACAUUAUAGAUUUUAUAGCUACUUUAAGUUUUUACAUGGACGUUGUAGUCGAGCUGACGGUGGUAAAACAGUACGUGGACAGAGCCGACUUAUUAGAGUUCAUCUCCAUUAUCAAGAUCCUCAGGCUGUUUAAGCUGACGAGGCACAGCCCUGGACUGAAAAUUUUGAUGCACACCUUUAAGGCUUCAGCGAAGGAACUGGCUCUGUUGGUGUUCUUUUUGGUGCUGGGGAUAGUGAUAUUUGCAAGCUUGGUGUAUUAUGCGGAAAAAUCGCAAGACAAUCCAGGCAACCAAUUCAAGUCCAUCCCUCUCGGGUUAUGGUGGGCCAUCGUGACGAUGACUACGGUAGGCUACGGGGACCUAGCUCCGAAAACCUACUUGGGCAUGUUUGUAGGAGCACUCUGCGCGUUGGCAGGAGUACUAACUAUUGCGUUACCUGUUCCAGUCAUCGUGUCGAACUUCUCCAUGUUUUAUUCACAUACACAGCUUUAUGUUUGCAAAUACUUGAUGUAUAGCGUAUAUACUAUUGAUGCAUAUGAUAUUUGGAUCAUUAGAGUCAUUUUAAAUGAUUUUUAA